AGUGCGGUAUGCUAUAAAUGCGACUCUAAAUCGAACGCCGGCUGUACCCCUGAAUCGCUCGGUGGAGUGGCGAAAACCACAUGUUCUAGAGAUCAUGAGUUUUGUGCGGUUUACAAGAAAGAACCACCUGGAAACAGUUCCCUUCAUCAGUAUACAAGAUACUGCGCGUCCGAGUGUAGGAGGUUUAAUACGACAUACACGAUAGGAACAUAUCAGAAGACAAAACAUUGCAUACUGUGCUGCGAUGGCGACUUGUGUAAUAACUACCUUAUAGACCCUUGCAAUCCUAAAUCCAAAGUAGGACGAGUGGAAUACGGGGCGUUAAUUAUUGUACUUAUCACCGUUAUAGCACUUUAUACUUGAGCGCCGAAGGUAGAUUCGUGGCUCGAUGGUUUGGCUUUUCCACAGUUUACGCUGGGCAAAAUGCUGCCAACCACUUUCUUGAGCAAUAGACCUUAUUCACGAUACUCGCAAUCUUUGUACGCGCUUAAGAACUGUUGAGAUAAAAGCAAUGUCAAGUGGUUUCUCAGGGGAGUAAACAAGUGAAGAAAUUUGCCAAUGCAGGAAAUCGUGGUCGAAUAUGCUAAUUAUAGACAACAGAAAAUGAAGAACUUUUGAUAGUAAAGAAGAUAGUGGCAAACUCUGGGUGGAAGUGAUCAUUGUUACUUCUUUGAAUGCUGUAGCGAGCAAAGAUUUCCUCUCAGCAAACAAUAAUAAUGUAAAUUUUGUCGAAAUUCGAAGGGGCGUGGCUAGGGUAGGGAGGCGGGGACUCGGGUGCCCAUGACCUCCUUCGUGAUGAGCAGUGAGACCAAAAUAGAGUAAUUUACGUUACGUGGACUUAAUUCAUCUAUGCGGCUAUUUUGUAGGCUUUUCCCUCCUCCCACUCUCACUACUCAUCCGAAAAAAUGUCACUUUCAGUAAAACACGGCAUGGAUGCCACAUGCCAAUCUGGUAAGAACCCUUGGUGUGACACAGUGACACCUUCUCUUUGAAAAAUCCUAGCUAUGCCCCUUUUAUGACUUUUAAAUUGUCGUCUGGUUUUGACAGAAUACACAAACUCUUCCGCGAUAACUCGUACUGUCAAAUUUUAUCACUUCUGAAAUACCGAGGGCGCUUUCCAUUUAGGAAAAAAAGCGGAAAGUUCGGUUGGAGCAAGAGUGGAAUUUCCGAUUGGUAAAAAGUUGUUCCAUUUGGUCGUAAACCCCGGUACGUCGCUGUGCCCGACCGUGGACCUGGAACUGGUACAAACUACGAGAAACGUGUAAAUAGAACACGAAAUUCCGUUCGGGAAAACGGUCCCUCCUUUUUAGAUUUUCCACUUUUUCUGGGAAUUUUCCAGUGGGAAGAACCGACGAAACGUGUUCCAUUUACCACCGAACCGGAAAUUCCGGAAAUUUUGACUAAAUGGAAAGCGUCCCAAGUGACGUUGCAAUAUCCCAUGAGUCCUAAUGCGCGUGCAAAGAUAGUGGGUAUCAUGAAUAAGUCUAUUAGAUGCAUAACAGAGCCAACCGCGACUUUUCGUACGCGAUGUUCCUUUCUUGCACGGGUGACCCAAGCAUAGCAUUUGAAAUUCCUCAAUGAAGUUCAAAUAUUGUUACUCGGCGUUGUUCGACGGACAGCGCGAUUUGAGUGGUUUAACAUCGUCUAACCUAACACUGAUUUGACAAUACAGUUGUUGUGGUUCAGUUUUAUCCUUGGUUCAAAUUUUAUUUUCCUUUGUUUUAAAACCAUCAUCAUACUGUAGACAAGGACAUUUUCGUCUCAGGGUAAAAAUAGAUCAUAGUUUUCACCGAAAUAGUUCGACGUUAUCUUAACUUCUUCAUCAGUUUGAUCAUGUGUUUAAUGUUCUAUUCAACUAAAGGUCACGUGAUGGUCGUGAAUCAUCAAUCAAGUGACCAUUUUAACGCGCGGUAUAUGGGCGAUAGGUCCUAUUCUUAUACCUGUUCACUAUUGUACUUUACUCUUAGAUGCGUAGUACCUCCUCAGCACCUUGUCAACCUCGUCCUCAGUGCUUUUCCCUUAAAAAAUGGGAGCAGCGGGAAAAGGGAAAAAAAGGAAAAAAAGGAAAGAGGGAAAGUAAGGGAAACGAUCGCGAGGUUGAACUCCUUAUGAUCCUCUGAUAUCGUCAGUCGCUAUCAGACAUUACCAUUUCGCCAGGAGCCGAUUGCAUUUCGCCUCAUGUAAGGUAAUCCAAGACAGUCUUGGAUUCUGGAUUUUACGCCGUGAAUACCGGAAUCAGGUACUGUAUUCCAGUCUUUGUCAGUGGAACUUGGAUUCUGGAUUCCAAAGCCCAGGAUUUCGGAUUCCAUGAGCAAAGUUUUUCUGGUAUUCCGGAAUUCGGAGUCCCUUAGAUGGCACGAACCCGUACUAUUAAACCACAACAUUGUCAUUGCUAUAACGUUAUUUCCUUGGAUUACCUGCGCUCUUGUGUUUAUACGCUUCUUACCUACCAGCGACUUGGCCACCGAUACAGACUGCGAUACUAUUACGACAUUUCGGACAUUUGAGAAUGUAAGUCGUGAAAGUGGACUAUUUUAUUUCCGACUUGUAUCGUAGUUAAUCGUCUAUGUAAAUUUCUCAUCUGUAUAAUAUGUAGACCGAGCUGAGUUUAAUAAAUUAUCUUGUCUUGGCUUGACAUCAUCCAAGAUUAUGCGUGCUAUAGCUUAUAAGAAUUUCACCGCCAAGUCUUUGCGCGAGGUAUGACGUCACAAAUGACACUAUCGGGAAUCUUAGCAACGCGUCAACGCUGAAGAAAAUGGAGAUCAGUAAUCUGGGUCCGGCUUCUGGAAAGAGUCCUUUAUCGACGCUUUCAAGCGUAAGACAGCCUUUAUUUUUCUCUUAUUGAACGAGUUUAAGUAGGGUUACUUUCGAGUUAAGAAAACUGGCAGAAGUUAUAAACGAAUCCAUAGACAAUAUCAUAGGACUGAACCUUGCCUUGCAUUUCAGUUGCAGUGAUGAAUAACAAUGUCCGAACUUUGAGAGCAGGUGUUUUAACACGGUUUUAAAAUCCCUCUGACUGGGUUUGAAGCUGAUUUUUGCUAAAAAAAAAAUCUAGACCGAAUUUUAGUACAAUUAUCUUUUUUCUUUCGAUGAAAGCAAGAAAUCUUUGCAUCCACCGAGUACAAAAAAUGCUGGGUUCGUUUUGAAUAUUUUUUGCUAUAUUUGAUCAGCUCAGUUGUUUGCCAGUGACUAUCUGCAUAUUUAAAUUCAGGGCUGAUUUCUUGUUUAUUUACACGAUUGUCGCUUCAUUUUAGUGAAAAUCUUAUCAUAAAUAACUGGCGAAGCAUAUACUCUUAACUAACUGAAAGUUAACGGAUUUAGAGUGAGAUAAAGUUUUUUCGUGUGGCGAAACAGAAAUUUUACACUAGUGUACACACAUUUACUUUUAGGUCUAAAGGUGUCAGGCAUUCAAAACACUUCCCAGUAUUUCGUAUUUAUUGCACGCUCAAGUAUCUUAUACGAAAAUCGUUUUUGUAGAACUCGUUUUUAAACGCGUACAAAUGCAAAACAACUUUAGAUGAUAAGGUGGAAACUACUUAAACCUGUAAGUAUAGGAAAUCACACUAAGAAAAUCCCAACUAAUUUGCACAAAUUCACAAAUUUGAAUGAAGCUUUUUGCUUGGUAUUUAAGAUUGACUGACGCUAUCGCACGUUGAGAACAUACCUGAGUAUUCUUGCAUUUGUUUCUUCUUGAAUUUCCUGUUUAAUUUUGAAAAAGACAGUAGUUCAACAUGAGGGAAAACUGUUGUCCCCGACUACUAACGAUUUACGAGUUCAUUUUUUCUUACUUCAGGGAAAAGACUAAGAUGAAAACCGGCAUGUAUCAAACAUUUUUUGCGCGAUCUCCAGUUGACUUUAAAUUCUACUGAUGAGUCCUUCGCUUGGUAGACUACUUUGUCUCGUGGUUAUUACAGAUUUACUUCAGACCGAAGGUACGUCAUCGAUCCUAGACCACCUGGACUGUUGUCAUGCGAACGGUCCUUAAAGAAAAGAUGGUAUCAAUUUUCUUUGGAAUUAGCUUCCGCUGAUGUCCUGGUUUCUAUUUUAAAGAGUGGAAGUCAUUUUUUCACUGCUUUUUCGAUCGUAAUCACUCCUUCCCAUCUACCCUAACAACGGAACAUAGUUUAAUAUCCUUUGACGAAUCUCAUUCUAAUUAUUUUGCUAUUCCCAAAGAGAGCUUUUGUAUUUUCUAUUCCAUGAGCAUUGGCUCACUGCAGUAGCACAUGAGCCCAGAGUCUCUGUAAAAGAAUUAUUGAGGUGGGUUAACCUUAAGUUAACUAAAAGUGACAGAGUGAAUAUUCGGCUUUUGAGACAUAUUACAGAAACAAAAUACAUAUAAUAGAUAUAUAUAUUCUUCAACACCAACAAUUUGUUGAAAGUUACUCAGAGCUUUCGGAACCUAUCCGGAGUGCCAGGACAUUAUACGUGAGGCUUACAUAAAGUACCGACCUAUCCGGAUCCCUUCAUCAGUGAUGACGGUUUGUGGUUACUCGUUUGACCAUGAGGCUGCAUUAAAUUGGGGACAGGUGGUAGCCCUGAUCACGGUUCAUUUCCGGUCGCAGAUUAUGAAUGUUUAUGGCCUCGCUUAUCUUGCGUGAAAGCAGGUGGUUUUCCUGGCCAAUUAUUUUUACACUGGCACAGUCAAUGGACUCCAUUGUAUAAGAUAUGUAUCUUAUAUAAUGGAUUCACUUCCGUCCUGUUAUUUACCAGGGAAAGCAGACGCACUUUUUAUGGCGAAUGGAAAAGAAGUUUUAAUUUUUCCAUAAUUUCUGACUUUCUUAUAGGUGGUACUGUGUGCCAUUACUGCAACUCUAAAGAAGGAGAAUGCAGUACGAACUCUUUGUACGGAACGAGGGAGUACUCAUGCGGCGGAGAUUACCAUCACUGCGCUCUGUACAGGAAGGUUUUGCCCAAUGGAACUACCGCACAAGUCGUCAGAGGCUGCGAAAGAGAUUGCAAAAGACCCGUUAUCAGAUGGACAGUCGGCAAAUACCAGAAAACGUCUCACUGCAAACUGUGUUGUGACAGCGACUUCUGCAACGGUCAGCUUAAGGAUCCCUGUAGCAAUUCGACUCGCUUGACCAGUAAAGAAUUUUUAGUCAUUCUAUUGGUCAUUUUAGGACUGUGUGCGUGA